UAAGCAACUCGAUUUGAUGAAGCGACAAUUUACAAUGGCUUUUACCGGUGAUUCUGGUAUUACAGAAUCUGCGAAAAGAAUUAAAUAUGAUCGUCAGCUGAGGUUAUGGGAUGAUCACGGACAAAAUGCAUUAGAAUCUGCUCAUGUUUGCAUAAUAAAUGCAACAGCCACCGGUACUGAAAUUCUCAAAAGCCUUGUUCUACCAGGCAUUGGCGCUUUCACAAUACUUGACAGCAAAUUAAUUACUGGAGAAGAUGCAGGCAAUAAUUUUUUCCUUGAUAAAGAAAGUAUUGGUAAGUCUCGAGCAAAAACAGCUACUGAACAUUUACUGGAGCUUAAUCCUGAUGUAAGAGGUGAAUUUGUGGAUGAAAGUGUGGAAUUUAUAUUACAAGCAGAACCUAAUUUCUUUUGUAAAUUUUCUGUAGUGAUAGUAACAGACGUAGAAGAAUGUUUACUCCUAAAUUUAGCCCAAAAACUGUGGGAUCAAAAUGUGCCUUUGUUAAUUUGCCGAGCUUAUGGACUGAUAGGCUAUUUGCGAUUGCAAGUAAGAGACCGUACUAUAAUAGAAACACGACCAGAAAAUGAAUUUCAUGAUCUAAGGCUUGAUGCACCUUUUCCUGCUUUAAAGGAAUAUGCAGAAACUAUUGACUUAGACAAGCUAACUGAUCAAGAACAUGCUCAUGUGCCUUUUGUAAUUAUUCUUUUGAAAUUUUUGGACAUUUGGAAAAAUAGAAAUAAUGGUGAGAUACCAAAAAAUAUGAAAGAGAAAAAUCUUUUCAAAGCUGAAAUUCAAAAAAGUAUGAGAAAGAAAGAUGAAGAAGAAAAUUUUGAGGAGGCAUGUCGGGCAGUGAAUAGAUCUGUUACCAAAACUACUAUUCCUGGGGAAAUACAAGAAAUCUUGAAUGAUCCAAUGUGCGAGGAUUUAAGUAGUGAAAGCAAAUCAUUUUGGAUAUUAGUCAAAGCCUUAAAAGAGUUUGUCGAAAAUGAAGGCAAUGGUUGUUUACCAGUUAGAGGAGUAAUUCCUGACAUGACUUCUAAUACUCAAAGUUAUAUCAAAUUGCAAAAUAUUUAUAAAACAAAAGCAGAAGAAGAUGCUCACAACAUGUACGUAAGGGUUCAAGAAAUAUUAUGCAAACUAGGAAAGGCAUCUAAUUUUAUUUCUAAACAUGAUGUUAAAAUUUUUUGUAAAAAUGCACAUUGCUUGCGUGUUUUACGUGGAAGAUCUCUGAAAGAAGAGUAUGAUGCCACUAAAUCGGAAGUGCAGAAUAUGGUUGGUAACUUAGAGCAUGAAGAUAGUGAUAUAAUAUUUUAUGUAUUGCUCAGAGCAGUAGAUAGGUUUAAUUCUGAAUAUUGUCGUUAUCCAGGUCGCAACAACGAUGAUGUCGAAUCUGACAUCAUAAAAUUGAAGAAUUGCGUUUCCUCUUUAAUGCAAGAAUGGGGCUGUUCUCCCGUCAUGAAAGAUGAUUAUAUUCAUGAAAUGUGCCGUUUUGGGGCUGCAGAGCUGCACUCUGUGGCAGCUUUUGUGGGUGGGUGUGCUGCUCAAGAAGUUAUUAAGUUGAUAACUGGACAAUAUGUGCCAUUUAACAAUACUGUAAUAUAUUAUGCACUUAAUCAGACAACUUCAGUUUUUUACCUAUAAAUAAUCAUUUUAUAUAUAUAUGUUUUAUUAUAAACAUAAAAGAGUUUCUAAAAAUUUAUCAAUAUUUGUUCUUUUCGAUUCCUAACAUAAUAUGGGAAAUAUUCCUAUUUUGAUGAGACUGUCUUGCAGUUUUUACGUUGUUUUGCGAAGUUUGUGUUGAUUAGCUAUGUGUAAGUUUAUGUUAAAAUCUUUUUAAAGAAAAUUAUUAGGUAAAUUAUAGUGAAAGUAAAAUACUAAGACCUAUAAAAAUGAUGGUAAGUCUUUCUCUUAAUUUUGAGCAUGCAUGUAGAAAUAUAUAAAUACAGUUUAUCAAUUUGGAUGUUUUGGUUCCCUUGUAAUAGUAUUAUAAGAAGUUGGUACUAUAUAUACCAUAUAAUGACCUAUUAAAAACAGAUUAGAUUUUCAAAGAAGUCAUCCCAGAUGCAAAUAGAAUUACCAAAUGUCUUUUAAGUACUUCCUGAUUAUUGAAUCCAUUGAAAAGUUAUGGUCUUGUUGGCAGACUUUGGAAAGAAACAGUUAUUUGAGUAUUUUUCGUUUAAUGCUUCAACAAUGCAUUCAAUGCCAUCUAUUCUUUUAUAUUCUGCUUUAUUCGUAAGAGACUUGCAUACUUAUUGAAGGUAAUCAUACCAAUUGAUAGUUGUGUUUGGAGAUAAUCCCAGUUCAAUGAUGAUCCUUCGUCCAAUGAUAAAUAAAAUGAAAAGCUAUUAUAAACCAGAUAUGGUUAUCUUUAAAGCAGUUUCUGAACCAUACUACAAUUGUUUACAUUUUAUUUCCAUAAAAUUCGGUUGUUUAAGAAUUACAUUUUUAUAGAAAUUUGCUUUCUCAGUUGUUAAACAAUACCUCAUAUUCUGAAAGGGGGGAAGUAGUGCUUUUUCAUCUGCUAGCAAUCUCCAUAGUCUUCAUUACAACAAACAAAUGCAUUCCAUGCAAAAUCAGAAAAAUGACCAUUCAAUUUUAAAAGUGCAGAUCCACUUUGCUUGAAUACAUGUAUGCUACACAAAUGCCUUGGUUGCUAUAUAAAUACUUCUUUGAGGUAUGGUGCGUUGUUAUCAUCAAAACUUUUUGGUGGGUAUACAGAUAAUUAGGAAGUACCAUUUUUAAUUAUAUAUUGAAUUCAUCAAAAUUAAUUUCAUUGUGCAUGCAAAAUAUUCAGUAAUUAAUCAGAUAUGGUAUGAAAGUAAAUGCUACUUAACAUAACUUACCGAUAUAUAAUUGUAUUUAACUUUAUGAAUAUGACCAUUUCCACAGACAAUCUAAAUUAUCUGGAAGAGUGGCUGAUUGUGGAAAGGGUUCUAUGUAUUUAAAAUACAUAAAGAUAAAAUAUUAAUUUAUUCAGUUUUUUUGUAGUAUUAGUAAAACUGGUAGUGUUGUGUAAAAUACUGUACUUAUUUGUAUACCAUUCCAAAUAAAAAUUUCGUUUGUAUGAAGUGUAUGAUUAUCAAAAAUGUCAUUUUAAUAAAUACCUCAAAUAAUAAAUUUCAAAUAAAAUAAUAAUUUUAUUUGAAAUUUCACUCAAAAUAUAUAUCUAUUUAUAAUUUUCUGUUUUAUUUUA